ACACAGGGAAAGGGAGGGAGGGACAGAGAGGCUGGGCACCAAAACUACAACACAUUUCAGGAAGUGAUGCAGUAUUUUGCAGCGAACGUUAAGUGACAAAGAGACUUGUGGAAGAUCCAGAUCCAAGCCAAGUAUAAGAAAUAUUACUCAGUACGAUGGCAGCACCACCUCGGCCACAACCGUUCGACUUCCAUGGAGUCCCCAUGAUCAACAUCUUCACUGAUGACUGGGACAACAUACAGAACUUCAAAGCGAGACCAGAUGAUAUUCUUAUUGCUACCUACCCUAAAGCAGGAACCACAUGGGUCUCUUACAUCUUAGAUCUUCUGUAUUUUAGCGAUAUGGGUCCAGACCGUCAGACAUCCAUCCCUAUUCAUGAAAGAGUUCCCUUCCUGGAGUUCUGUGUACCUCCUAUACCUUCAGGCACCGACUUGGCAGAACAACUUCCCACCACUCCUCGUCUCAUUAAAACUCAUCUACCUGUCCAGUUUGUACCAAAGUCUUUCUGGGAGCAGGACUGCAGGAUAAUAUACGUGGCCCGUAAUGCAAAGGACAAUGCAGUGUCCUACUUUCACUUUGACCGGAUGAACAGCCUUCAGCCAGAACCAGGAGACUGGAGCACCUUUCUACAGGAAUUCAUGGAGGGAAAGAGGGUUUUUGGAUCAUGGUAUGACCAUGUGAACGGCUGGUGGGAAAAGAAGCAGACUUAUUCAAAUCUCCUCUACAUGUUCUAUGAAGAUUUGAUUGAGGACUCGGGACGAGAAAUAGAGCGACUGUGUUCCUUCCUUGGUUUGUCUCCUUCUGCUGAGGAGAAGGAAAGAGUCCGAGUCAGUGUGACGUUUGAUAGUAUGAAACAGAACAACAUGACCAACUACAGCACAAUUCCUCUGUUGAACCAGACCGUGUCUCCGUUCAUGAGAAAAGGGAAAGUUGGUGACUGGAAGAACCACUUCACUGUGUCGCAGAAUGAACAGUUUGAUGAGGACUACAAGCACAAAAUGAAGAAUCCUGCUCUAAAGUUUCGUUUUGAAAUUUAGAUGCCCAGCGUGACACGAUGGAGCUCUGAAGUGAUGAAAUCGUUAACAUAACAUUUCAAGAUUCAUCUGCACCUCUUACGUAAAAUUACAAAGAAACAAAACUUAGAGUAAUGGACUGUCAAAAUUAUGUGUGCUAGGAUUGACUUUGAAUCUUUGACUUUCCUACUUGUUUUUUGAUCGAUGUUGGUAUUAUUUCCUUAAUGUUAUGGCUGCCAAACACUGUAUUUAAUCUAUUGUUCAACAAAAUAAUAAAAACAUAGACUAAU